CUGCGAGAGGGCGGAUAGUUCAGAAGCCUGUGUGCUUUAGUGCCAGUUACACAACGUGCGAAAGAAGGCUACUACUGCCACUCAGGCUUCGUCGUCUUGUGAAACUGUGAACCUGCUGCCUACCACACACCAGUCGAUCUGCCUCACGUACGCAAAACUGUGAAAAAUAUUUAUGGUGAUAACGUCGAAGGCACAAAAAGAUUCAUAUCAUAUCUCAUGCUUUGAAGUUGUGUGACUAGAUGUAUAUUAUUAUGACGCCAAAGUUAACUGAAGGAUCUCACCAUAACUACUCUUGCUGUGUUUUGCAUCUCGGCAUAAUGAUUAAACAUUGAACAGAGGAUUAAACUGAUAAGUGAACGGUGUGGAUAUCCAGUAAUACUUUAAAAUUUCUUGUAUAAAUGUGAGGACGCUGAUCUUAUCGACCAGUUAUUAUCCUAUCUCGACAUCUCGUGUUUGUCACCAGGAUGUCAGGAUCACUAAAAUCCGAAUCUCACGAAAACAUGAACGAAAGUCAGUGCAUCUCUUACUUCAGUCACCUGAGCUUGCACAUGUACGCCACAUGCCUAUAUAUAUACUUGGCAUUUUAAUAGAAUACGUGUGUUUACAGGACCGAGGUACUGACAUUUCAAUGUCAAACGCAGCUGGUGCAGCUGGGUUAUAAUUUAUCAAAAGAGUGCUCGAGGAAAAAAAAAGCAACAGACCUACAAAAGUCGUCUGUAUGUAUCAUUUUUUUCAAGCUGCUGGGAACAUUUGUAACACUUGUCGCCAGAACGUCCUCGCAACUGAAAACUGAGAAAAAAAAAAAAGUUAGGUCAAGGCCCUUGAGUUGAAUCUUUGCUGUCGAGGAACAAGAAACGUUAAGCAUGUUAUUGUGUUAUUUUUGUGUUGCAUCCAAAUAAUCAGGUGGGUCUCAUUUGGACUAACGCAGACAUUUAACAGCACACGGAGCGGGAGGGACAGCAAGACACAACCUGUGUGUGUACACACCAGUACAUCUAGGAGCAAAACUGAAAUGGCCUGACUACAAGUUAUUACAUCGGCAAACCUUAAACAUUUGUUAGUGUGAGCCCAGCAACUGUGUAGCUUUUUAUCAAUCAGUUAUACACGUUGCAGUUAAGGGGCAGCCACACUCACUAAGCACAAUGAAAACUGCAGUGUUGUUGGAAGGUCUGCUUGCCUUGUGUGCAGACGCCCAGCGCAUGCACAACAGGCUCGGCUAGCUGCAGGGCACUUAGCAUGAAGACCACGUGACUAGUGAGCAUGCGCACUUGCCCGGCAUUUAACAGAGAAGCCAGUCGCUGCGAAGAGACUGAUGGCUAACUCGGCCGUUUUCAGGGCCUGUUAGCUCAGCUCAUUGCUGGCACAGUUUGUAUAUUUCGGCAAUAACGAUGUCUCUUAACCGGUGCUAUGUAGAUAAUAUAUUUUGAAUGAACUCCGACGUGUAUUCCUCAAGCAGAUUCUGUGAUAAAUGUGCAAUCUUUCCAGGGUAGAAACCUCACGAAGCUGAUAUCCAAAGAUCUUUCAACACAGCAUCUAUCACAGCGUAGUCACUUCUUACAGUGAAAAGAAAAAAAAGAUUUGAUGAUAUUCAGGGAUUCCACUUUGGUUAAAGGAACAUCAGUCAGCUUUCCCUGCAUUUUUUUUCGCACAGCUUGUUGAAAACAAUGCAGCAAGUAAGCAAAUUUGACGGCACAAACCAGUGGGCAACUGGGUCGGGCUGGGGCCAGAGCAAGGGUCAGGAAGACAACGGCUGGAACCAGGGACCAUCAGACUCUGGCAGCAGUUGGACCAGUGCUAAUAAUAGAUCAGCUUGGUCAUCUGAGGAUGCCUCAGAUUCCCGAAGCAACCAGACAACAGGAUCAUUGAUCACAGCUUCUAGCUCAAACAACGCUGAUCAGAAUUUAGAGAACAAUCAGGUCUCAAGUGCCAUGACAAACAUGAGUGCAUCCAUUUCGUGGGGAGCUAACCCAUCCACAUCGGGUGGACUGGAGACAAACUUGUGGGGAAUGACCACACCCACCAGCUCAUCUGCUUCGACACUCAAUCCAGGCUGGGGCUCUACCAGUCUGUCUGCAGGCCAAGGACACAAUAUGCAGAUUGGUGCUAGCUCCAUGGGUGGGGAUAAUCACAGUUCUGACAGCUCUGCUUCUGCUGGUGGAUGGGGAGUAUCUGCUAUGAGCCAGAAUGGCUCUUCUGUGCCUCCCAACUCUGCUCAGACUACACAGACAGGCGUUAUAUCUGGAAACCUGCAGGCAACAGCAGGAUCACAGCAGAGUGGACCCUCAGCUCUUAGCAGCCAGUCUGGUCCAUUUGGAAGCAAGCAGAUGCCAUGGCAGACUAGCAAGAUGUUCAGUUUCCCACCCACCUCAGAUUCCAGCUGGAGUACCCCAUCUUCAAUUAUCAGCAGCAAUGGUAGUGCUAGCAAGGAGCAAGGAGCAACCAUGGCUGCGGCAGACUUGGAAGGACACCAGGCUAUGGCUGCACUGGCUGAAGCUGGAAAAAUGGACCUUGCAGCAGGGCUUGCUAACCUCAGUAUUGAUAAAACUGCCCCUCCACCGGAAUGGAAUGCAGCCAAAGUUCCAUGGAACAGCAGCUUAGACCCAUCAAAGGUUCAGGGUGCAGGUGUUGUGAGUGCUGCAGAAUCCUUUGCACAGGCCACCCAGAAGGGCCUUAAAUCUCAUUUGGGUGAAACUGGAAUCGGGCCGGCUUUAAGUGCCAGAGACGAAGAAAUUCGACGUGCGAUUGACACGCAUGAAGGUUGGGGUACUCGUCCUGUGCGUCAGGAUACCAGUUGGGACAUUGAAAAUUCACCUAAGGCUAGUCGUAAAGUUCAGGUGGAUACCAGUAAUGCUGGAGCUUCAAAUGUCUGGAAUAACAAUAAUGGUACUGCCAUAUGGGAAGCUGUUCGUGAGCCACAGGCCCAAGGAUGGGGAGGCGGUGCUGCUGCUGGUGGUGGAAAUGCUGUCUUUGGUGAGAAAGAUCCCAGCAAUUGGAAUAUGAUGCCCAAGCCAAAUAUAGAUAGCAACAACUGGGUUGGAGCAGGCAGUGGCAGUGUUUCUGAUAAAUCCAUUGGUACAUGGGGCGGAGAAAACCAGUCUAGUAAAUUGUGGGGUUCCAAGACAGAAACUGGAUCAUGGGGUGAACCUUCAAAUGGCCGUAGCUCAGGCUUGACGUGGGGAAGUUCUGAUAAUGAUGUUGGCACGUGGGAAGAUCCAUCCACUGCAUCUCGGCGCAUUAUAUCCUCAGGUGGUGGUGGUGGCGGCGGCGGCGGUGGUGGUGGUGGUGGUGGUGGUGGUGGCGGCGGUGGCACAGGUGGCAGUGGUGGUAUGAGUCUAAACAGUGGCAUCAAUCCAGUGCCCAAUGCCCCCACCAUAGGUACCAGUGGGAUGGGUGUGACAGACAGUUCCAUGUACUGGAAUGACCCCAAUGCCAAACCUCAGAGCUGGAAUCCACCUCCUGCCAUGAUACGCCCCAAACCAGAAGAGCCCUGGAACAAGCCACAGGGUAUGAUGAGACCUGGUAAUGGUGGAUGGGGUGAUCCAUCUGGAUCUGGUGCUCAGAAGGUGGAUGAUGGCACAAGCAUUUGGGCUGCCAAUGCUCAAGAGCAGGCUCGAGCUGGGGGUUGGGGAGAACCAAGUUCCUUGUGGAAUCCUGCUGUUGGAGCUCGUCCAAAAUCUACUUCUUGGGGAGAAUCACCAGAUACUUGGAAUUUGAACCGUAAGCCGGGCUGGACAGAUGAGGAACAUAGCAAUGGCUGGGGUGAUUCUGUGGAGGUGGGAUAUUGGAAUGACGUAGCACAGGAAAGUAGUUCCUGGAGCUCUGCCCCCAGCUGGAAGUCAGGCAGAGGCAUGAUGGUGAAGCAGGGACAACCACGUUUGCCAUCAGGAAGUAACCAGCCUCAGAUGAGAAGCAAGCUUAUCCAGCAGCUUACCGAUAUGGGAUUCAAGAGGGAGGAAGCACAGACUGCCCUUAUCAACAAUAACAUGAAUUUUGAAAGUGCCCUUGGUGAACUCACCUCGGGCAUUCACAAAAAGGACCUCGACAACGACGUAUUUCCACCAAAUGGUGCAAAAUUGAACAGACCAGGUUUCUUGCCAGAUAAUGCAGGGAAUCUGGUUGGUGAUGACAUAUCAGAUACUCGUUCAGAAAGCAAUCCACAUGUGCCUAAUUUUCCCAUGCAAAAUACUCCAUUCCCAAAUGCUCAAGUGCCCAACCAGCCAUUCAUUUCAGGCCCAGUCAACAUGUAUGAUCGCAGCAAGGGCGGGCCACCCAUGCCCCCCAACAACUCCAGCAGUAUUAACACCAACCUGCAGCAGAAACUUAAACAUCUGCAGCAGCAGGGCAGCAUGCCAGCAGGCAUCAAUUCUCUUAGUCCUACCCAGGGUGUGGUGACGCGGUCCACGUUGCCGGGGGCAACCCAGACCAUGGUGCAGCAGCAGGCUGCUCAGCAACAGAUCCUGCAACAGUUGCGCCUGGCUGUGCAGUCGGGUCUCAUUUCCCCACAGCUCUUAAACCAGCAGCUUCCCCACAACAUUCUCGUCAUGCUUCAGCAGUUGCUUCAGCUGCAGAAUGCUUUGCAGAAUCUUUUGCAGCGCCAGCAGUUUAUGCAGCAAAACAAAGUCACGCUUAGCAUCCCCCGUCCUCAAAUUGACCAGGUAACUGGCAUGAUCGCACAGUACAAGUCACAAAUAGUUAGUCUGCAGAAGCAGUUGCAACAAGCUCAGCAACAGAUGCUUUUAAAGCAGCCUCCAGCCCCAACACCAACACCACAGCCCAUGCAGCAGCCACCCAUGAUACCUCCACCUGCAGCACCUUCCUCUAUGCAGAGCGAAGCCAGCGACAAUUUGAUGCCCCUACAUGGCGACAUGGCCAACAUUGCUCAAAAUGCUAGUGCUAGCAUGCAGUCACGCCUGACUCAGUGGAAACGUCCAACUCCAGAAAGGGAUGGAGAAGGGCGCGAUCUAAACAAGGCUCCUGGAAGCAAACCUCUGCAGCACUCACAUUCAGCCCCCAUGAUGGGUCCUUUUGGCGACUUGACAGGCCUGAACAUUAGCGGCGACACAACUUGGUCUUCGGCUGCCACGACAACAGGCUCUACCAGUUGGCCUAGCACUAACAUGGGGGAAGGUGGUGGUUUAAGCAACACUGAUGUGAAAGGAGAGAGGGAAGAGCUGACCCCAACAAACACCAGCAUUUCUGUGAUUGGUGGCAGUGGAAGCCUGGGCCUGUCAGAUGUCAUCCCAGAGUUUGUGCCAGGCAAACCCUGGCAGGGUUUGAGCAAGAGCGUUGAAGAUGAUCCACACAUUACCCCCGGCAGCAUCUCCCGCUCGCUGAGUGUCAAUGUUGUGAAAGAAGAACGCUUAUACAAUUUGACAGCGAAUAAACCCAGCCCAGCUCUUGGUACUGACUCUGAAUGGAAUAUGAAAGAUAUGAGCAAGCUGGGGGGCAGUCUGGUAGACACCUGCACUGCCAAUUCUGCUGUACGUGCCACACCUGGUCUGACAUCUCAGUCUAACAGUCGCACAAACCAGUGGUCAAACUCAACUCUCUACAACCGUCAACAUUCUUGGGGAGGUGCAAGGUCUGCAGGCUCCGCAUUUACACAAGUGGGCAGCUCAGGAUGGGAUGGCCGCCAGUCUUCCCCAUGGUUGAUGCUGAAAAACCUCACCCCUCAGAUUGACGCUGGGAUGCUGCGUACACUGUGUCAGCAGCAUGGGCCCCUGCUCUGGUUCUCCUUCAGCAACUCCCAAGCCCUUGUUCAGUACACCACCAAAGAGGCAGCUGGGAAAGCUCAGAGGGUGCUGCAUGGCUGUUCCCUGGGCAACACCGUCAUCCACGUGGAGCAGCUAGCUGAGGAGGAAGUCAGCCAGCUCCUCAGACACCAGCAGUCCACAGACACACAGGUUCCUCCACCCACUCGGUGGUCGCAGCCUGCAACAGCAACCUCCCCUCACAGCAGCGCUGAUCCAUGGAAUUCUGCUCCCCCACUCUCUGCCCCACCUCUCAUUUCAGGUGGUGGGACCAUGUGGGGCUCCAGUCUUUGGGACAUUCCUGGAGGGGAUCAUGGCUCAACUGCACCUGUCCUCAGCAAUAUUUUGGGUGGGGAGCUGAUCUAACUUCUGUAGCUGCUCUUGCUGACUUGCAGUCCCCUCCAGUGCUUCCCACUACCACCCCCACAUUGAUUCCUUGGGCUGCCAGUGUCCUACUUCCUUCCUUUCAGCACAAGUUUAUACCAUGUACAUGUGAUCUCGUUUGUAUAUCUUGGGGUUAGUAAUGCAUAGAGGUGGGAUUCUGGGAAAUUGCUGUGUAGUCCAUUCAAUGUGUUCCAAAGACCAUCGUGAUAGCUGUGAGCUGCCUCCUCGCCAACAUUGUGCAUGCAAAUUGUGGUGCUCACUGCUUCAAUGAAGGGAGAGCACACUUUUUUAUUUUUCUAUACUUCUGGUGAAGUAUCAAAGUCUUUCAGAAUUCCUGUUGUCUUGUCAGGUGGGGGACCAGCUACUCAGUGCAGGUGGUCUAGUCUUAGGAAGGGUCGAGAGCCUUUUGACACAAGUUAUUUAUCUUAACAUUCAAUAUCAUUUAACUGUUUGAAAAACAUUCUGCAUGUCAAGAAAAUAAUCAUUGUCAUACAGAGCGGACAAGUGCAUAUUCCUUUUUAGACAUUAUAACUGUUUAAUUUUCUGCUCCCCACCCAUGUUUCAUAUUUUGAAUCUUGUCAGCUGGCAGGAAACAGACCUGUGAUACAAGAAGUCUCAAUGUAUAUGACUGUAAAUGCAUGUUACUUGCGUGUUUAAAUCAGGUUAUAGGUGCUUCAAGUGCUGUUGACCAUUUUCCCUUAAUGAAAAUAUUCUGACAUAGAAAAAAAAGUUUUUAAAAUGUGUUUAAAAUGACUCAAUAGCAUAAAUGCAUAACAAUUAUGUGGAUGUUAAAACAUUUUUAUUUGUGUACUUGGAGACAAUAGCCAGUCGAACUGCUGUAUCAUAUUUGACUCCCUACCACAUCCUGCCUAUCAGAUAUAUUUCCCCAAUUUCCCAUUUAAAAAAAAAAAAAAGAAAAAAAAAAUCUAAGUUUUGCUCCCAUACCUUCAGCUGCUUGGUUAAAAUUUUUAAGUGUGUAUGUGUGCAUUUUUUUUUUUUUUUAAACAAACAUGAUCUGGUACUGGCUGUGAUGUGCCCGAUGGCUGGCAGCAGACUGUAUACUGUGUGAACUGUGUAACAUUUCCAUUUUGUUUAAAGGUGAUGAACACAUCCCUCCAAUCAUAAUGCAGUGUGAUUGUGCAUCAGUUCUCCUCUUUCCCCUACCCCUUUAUCCAGAAUUGGAGUGACAUUUCUCAUCAGGGACAGAACACAAAGGCAAGUGAUUGAAAGUCAUGAUACUGGUAUACAUGCAUUUUGAGGCAGCACAACUGGAGAGAGAAAAAGCAACAAUAUUGACAACAUCAGAUGUGAAAUGUGAACAUUUUAGCUAGCGAUGAUGAUUGAGCUUGGUACAGCCUGAGGCCAAAUGACAUGGAUACGAUGAUGGAGGCUUGCAUCGACUUGGAGAUGUGAACGAACUGUAUGCGCUAACAAAGCACUCUGUGAUUUCCUUCCAGGCAGGGCACCCUUACUAUUCCUAAGUGCUGCUAUCAACGUGAAACUAAUCACAUUAAAUUUAACAUGCCAUUUUUUAAUUUGUUUCUAGUUUUGUGUGACAAAAACGUUGAUCUUAGAUACACAUGCUUCAAAAACAAAAAUUGGGGGAGGGGUGAAACUCUUCCAUGAUUUCUUCAUGUAUUUUGUAUUUCCUGCAUUUUAUUGUGACCAAUCUGAGACACAGAUCACAAUCUGCCAAAGCACAGAUUAUCCCAGAAUUUGGGGCAGCUUAAUCAAUAAUCAAGUGAUAGUUUGUAUGCGACAUGACCUUAAUAUUUGUACAUUAGUGUAUUAUCAGUCAGGGUUCUGAUCUUGCAUCAUGCUGAUACGAAAGAACUGACUGUCCGGUGUGCCUGAACAUGCUGCGCUAGCCAUUAUGAAGUUUUCCAAGUUGAUCAGCUGUUUCCUUCCAUUGGUCUUGAUAUUCCUGAGGAAAAGAGAUUUUCUAAAAGUCAGAGGGUAGGGUGCAGUUUUAGGGUGGCUGGUCAGUAGACUUUUUUUUUUUUUGUUUGGGAAGGGAGGGGAGCAGAAAACCUUAAAAAGAUACGGGCGUUUUUCCACAGAAAUGUAUACAUAUCGCUUCUAUGCCUCAUUUUGACAGCAUGUCCAACAUCUACGCUGGCGGUGACUGGGCAUUUGCCUUUUUGUUUUCAAGUGACUUGAAGGAAACGAAUGUACAGCAUGUUCAGCUGUGCUACCGUCAUACAGCAGAGACGUUCUGCACUAUAUUUAUGUGUUGAUAUUGACAUGAGUUUCAGAAUAGUUCAGGUUGUUAUGGGCCGCUUGCAUUUGAGUAACUUCAAUAUUGUUAUGCGAAAACAUGAUAUUGGGUUUUUUAAAAUGUUGGGUUUGGGGUAGCUCUUGAUGUGAUUGUUCAAGUGAAUUGUGAUUGUGUUGUGUGCAGGUGUAAGUUUUGGGGUCUUUAUUUCCAUGUGUGUGUGCAUGUGAAACUUUAUUUUCCUGUAGUAAAUGUUUUCUUUGAGAUGUAUGUCAAACAGCUUUGCAAUGUUUUGCCCAAUAACAAAACUGCUACAUAUAUAGCACAGCAUGACAUGCACAACGAAUUGAUAAUAAGCAUAUGCCAGCAGAACCCAUUGGGUAUUAUAUGCCCAUACAUCAUCUCUGAAGUCCUAGCCAAUGUUGAAUACUCUUAAAAGUUGGGGAGGUAGAAAGACCAAAGGGAAAUCUCAAGAGCCAUCUUGGAAAAAAAAAAAAAGUGUCAACAUUUUUGAGGCCUUUAAGAAGACAUUUUGAAGGUGAUGUGUCUAGUCUGCUUGCUUUGAUAAAGAAAUACACGUUCACCGAUCUGAAAUAUCCUUCACAUAGAUUUCAAUGCUCGGACAUUAUCUGCUGGCUGUUCUUGCUGGCAUCCUGGGAGUUAGCGUGAUAUUGCAUUUAUAUUUGUCACAUUGGUGAUAUGACAAAAUCCUUUGCCCUGUAUUUUGUUUGAACUAAUUCCAUAAUCUUACCAAAUGCAAAUAUCAGUGUUAUUAUUUUAGGGGCUGUUCUUAUCUCCAAAAAUUGGUUGUUGACAUAUUUGACUUUCCAGUGUUGGUUGUCAUCUGUUUUGACACUGUGUUUUGCUGUGUAGACAUCUUGUUUAAGAACUCUUCCUUGCCAUUUCAAAAAUUUUUACUUAAAAAAAAUAUACAGAGGGCAUCUCGUCAUUAUUAUUUAUUGCUUUGUAUGUGUAUUUAUGCGAUCUCAGAGAGUGACCACGCACUUCUUCAUUGUCAUUUAGAGUAGCCACAGCUUGAGGGGUGUCCGUGUCGUGUUGGUUGAUAUCACUGUCCCAUACUCCUCUUUGCAGUAUCAUUGGAAUACAUGCAAAUGACUGGGAGUGGACCAAAUUCCAAAUCCUAGUCCCUUUGUUGGAGAGACUUAAAGCAACCACGCAGUUCAGGGGCUCAUAACAUGUUGCAUUCCAGACCUAAGGACUGAUACAUUUAUGCCAAAAAAAAAAAAAAAUAAAAUAAAAUAAAAAAAUGCAUUACUUCAUAUUCCAAUGCCAUGAUGGGUUGUUUGUAUUUUUUAAAAGAGAUGUUUUCAUGUUUUGCUGCUUGUCAGAGGUAAAGGGAUAAAGAGAUUCUCAUGUUUUAUUGUUUGUAAUCACAUGUGCUCACUCGUAAACGGUUGAAUCAUGCAACCCCUCCCCUCAAAAAGAAGUAUAUCAAAAUGUUUUUGACAGAGUAUUGUUGAUUUCUACCAAGAACUUUGCGAUAUUAACUUUGACCUUGUUUUGGUAUUAGUCACUUUGCUUUACAUUCAAUUUACCUUUGAGUAAUGGCAAUAAUGUCAUGCUGUUUGUCUGAUCAAUACUUUGAAGAAAUUUGUCUGCUAGCUUCAAGAUUAUUUAUAUAGUGAUUGGUUUAUUUUGAGGGGGAGGGAACAGUGUGCAACUUGUUAAAAUCCCCAUCCUUGUAUUUCCCUUCUCCCUCCUUAACGGAAUAAGUUUUUUGCUAUACAUGCCUCCACAAAUCGUCACUGCACAAGUUGGCUUAAUGUCUUUUUGGCUAGUCCAUAUGCCAGUUGAUAUGCUUGUAAUCACAACAUAAAAAUGACCUUAAAAAAUUGUGUUUUUCUAGUUGAAAUCAUUAUCUUAAGUCCAUUUUUCACAUUCGUGUCAGCAUUCUUUGUUAUGGUAUAUUAUGAAGUUCUUAUUUGCCAGAUUAUGUCGUCAUUGUCUUUGUUGCACUAUGCUGAAUGCUGUACCUGUAUUGUCAAAUAUAAUCAGCUGAUAUCAACGUAAGCACAGCAUACUUAGUCCCUCAGUAUAUAUAAAAAAUAUAUAUAUAUACUUGUAUAUGCAAAUCUUCAUACCAAAAGUUUUUGUGUCGUGAGAACCAGUCCUAUGUUUAGAUCAAAUGUCACAAUUGAAAAUAUCAGUGCCAUGAUGUGGUGGAGUUGGUGGUUUCCAAAGCAGAUUCAAACUUUACGCCAUCUGCCACAGUUACUUUACGUCAAUGACAAAGUUGCAAGCACACUGCCUGAUGCUGAUGUUGCUGUGGUCAGUUGGAAUGUGAUUUUCUUAGAUUUAUAAAAUAAGUACAUUGUCACAAACUUAUUUAUUAGCAUGGUACUUGAUGUUUUGAUGUUUAGCACCGUCUUGUACAUAUAUUUUAGGGUUUCUAGCCAAAAUGUGCUCAUUUAACAUGUCUCAAACCAGUAGACAUGAACUAGCUUUGUGUGGGGGAAAAUUAUAUGUUGCAUUUAGUGACCUGGUAUGCAAUUCUCUCUGACAUAAUAUUAAUCUCUGUACCCAAAGACGUGGCUGCUUUGAUCUGUUCUCAACACUUUUUGCCAUCAAGGUGUGCUAAACGUCUCAAGGGUCACACAUGGGCUUCAACACAACCAGACUACACUCCUGGAUUUUUUUUUUUUAAUAUUUUGGGCCUUAAAAGAUGGAUCAGAAAGUGUUUAAUAGUCAUCUCUAGUGCAGUAGUUAUAUUUCAGUUGUUUCUCUUGCAUUGUGCUGAUUUGUCUGUGAAGUGAUUACUUGGUGGGUCCCUAAUGCUCUAAUCUCAACCUUGCAAUCCUACAUUAGAGAUGAGCUCCAACUUUCAGUAUUCUGCUUUUAAAAAAAAACAGCAAAAAAAAAACAAAAAAACAUGAACUUUUUUCUUUAGUUUUGUACUAAACCUUGAUAUAUAUAUUUGAAAAAAAAACUAUAUCAAGGUUUAGUUCAAAACUAAAGAAAAAGCUACAUAUUGAUGGAUUCAAAAAUAAAAGCUUUAUCCCAAAUGUCUUGACUAUAGUUGGCCAAAAUAGUUGAUCUGGCUUCUAAAUAUAUGAGGAAAGUUCUCUAUUUUUACAUUCAGAAAGCAUUAAAUAGUAUAACUAGAGCUCUUGGGGUAGAAUGUUUCAUAAAAGUGUUAUUUUAGUUGCCACAAGUGACACUUUUUUGUAACUUUCGAUGGGUGAAUCUCCUAUUUGCCCGUUGUACCAUCAUGAGCCAUUUGUAUUAGGUGAAAAUUUCCUUAGUCCUUCACUAUUUGCUGGUGGGUCUGGCAGCUUUUUAUAUAGUUUUCAUCUAGAGUUAAUUUUAAAAAUAAUCAGGUUGUGUUAACAUGGGGCAUUUGAAGUGAAGUAAACUAUAAGAAAGGUUGGUGGGGAUUUAGUCAAAUUUUAAGGUUUGAUUUGCACAGGAAGUUCAGUUUUGAAGAACAUUACAGUGAAGAAAGAAAUGUUACUCUUAAAAUAUCAGGUUAUAAAGUUGUAAAAUAAUUGUCACCAUUUCUGUAUCAGCAGUAAAAAAAAACCAAGUGUUUCUUUUCCUCCUCACUUAUCACUCUUCCCACCCUAAGCCAUUUUUGGUGCUAUAAAGGAAAUGGCUUGCACAUUAUACUCUUGUAUUUUUUUAGCCUAUGGAAACUUAAAUCUCGCAUGAAUCAAAUUUUUGCAUAAGUGUGUUGAGCUAACAUUUAAGCAACUGUCAUUAGUUCAUGCAUAAAACUUUGGUUUGGGGUAGGUGGGAGGGUUGGCAGAGCAAAUUGUAUAUUGAACUAAACUUACGCAAAUUUAAACAAGGGAUUCCCAUGUGGCAAGUAACUUGUCUAGCCACUUGUUUUGUAUUAAUUUUUUUAACCACAAUAUUCUGUGACAAAUGAUCUCGCUAGAAAACCAGUAAAAUGGCUUUGCUGUUGUGAUAUUGCUGUUCGCUGCAGCCCACGACGCUAGUGCCUCCGUCAUCCAAUAAAUACAAAUUGGAUGAGGCACUGUUGUGCCAGGCAUUUAUACAACAAAAUAGUAAUUAUGUGAUUAAAACAAAGCAUUAAGAUAAUGCCAGCAUUUUCUUAAUUUGGUCUUAAGUAUAUGUAGAAAGUUGGAGUGGAGUAACCCAGCUUAUUGUGCUGUCCUUACGCCAGACAACAAACAUUCAAGUCACAGGAGUGAAAACUCAAAUUGUGCCAUCAGUACUUGCCUUAAUUUAUUGUGCUAGGCAAGUGAAUCCUGGAGCCUUGGUAAUAUUUAGUAUGGAGUGUAAUGCAUUUGGUUUUUGUAAAUGGCUGGAGGUACCUACCAGUGUCACUGGCAGUGAUGUCUGUUGUAUCUGCUCACACUUCUUUGAAGCACAUUCAUGUUCGAGGGUAAGUGCAAUGCUGUAUAAGUGGCUGCUGUGUUUUGACAAUGAAAAUGGUACUUUUUCCCCUUUUUAAAUUAAUACCAGAUGAGUGGAUUCUAUUUGACUAGUGUUCAUUAUUUUGUGUGUAUGAGUGUACAAGUUGUGUGCAGGUUGGUGGGAAAUCAGCUGUCAGUCUCUGACCUUGCAGUAUUUGUUGCCCCCAUCCCCACCCCUACCCUAAGUACAAGGUUAACUUGCUUUGAGGUCGUAUGGAGUUAACAGUCACGGUUCUGCAUUGGUAGCAUUGAGUUUAACAUAUGUGACGCUGGCCAGUUUUCCUUGGCAGUUUUAUGCUGACUUUGGAGCUUAAAAAAGCAGAGCUUUUCAUUUCUGCUCCUUCAAACAAGCCUCACCAUGGUUGUGGUUGGUGGUUUGCUGGUCAUGAAAAGGCAUUUUUGGUUUUGCCAUUGAGUCUUAACAAAAAAAUCAUAGAGCUUUCCAUUUACACAUACCCUUGUGCGUGCACCAAAAUACAUCUGAAUUUGCCCUCCAACAUCUACAUUCAAUCAAAAUGUGCAUGGCCUCGGUGGACUGGGUAUUGGUGUAGGGUUUUACUUGCAGUUUUUGAAAGAACAUGUUGGAAAAGUUGCAGGAGGCAUCACUGCUUCUUUUGGACAGCAAGAUUUUGAUGACUGACCAGUGCCCAUGCAGUUUUUGGUGAUGGGCUUGAACCCUCUUGCUCAUGGAUUGUUGCUUCAUUGCCCUUCACUAUGCAAGAAUGGUACUAUUUGUGAGUGGGCUGACCCUGGCGUGCUACUUGGUUGCCUUUGUUAUAGCAGUGAAAGGAUAUAUACUCGAUACCACUACUUGGCUUGUGUGGCUAAUAAAUCACCCAGCCAUUUUCCUUCCAAGUCAGGUCUGGACUGUUGGUGGCCUUAUAUUCCAAAGCCCGUUUUGCCAGGAUUCAGUCAUUCUUAAAUUGUGUUCAUUUCUAUAUAGGAAGGUAAAUUUGAGAAAUUUGUUUGGUGAUAACAGAGAUUUAUUAUUGAUGUACAUGUUAUACAGUAUAGUUAUUAUAGCUGCUGUUAUAUGAAUUUUUUCCCUUAUUGGUGUAUGAUUUCUUUUCUUGGUAGUUUUACUGCAGUUUUAAACUGUCUUGUGUGGGCUGCAUGAGUGUUACAGUAUUCAGGAGCCUUCUCUGAAAGCUUGUUCUGCACCACAACUCCCCCCUUCUGACCUCUGGUGCAUGUAUGUUUCAUCUUAUAAUGAACACAAAUGUUGCUUGUAUUAUUCUCUUCCCCAGGUUUGCCAAGUAUUGUGGUGAUGGGUGAUGGCAGUAAUGUGUAUGUGAAUUAUAUUUUCUCUAUCUUUGCCUGACACUUCUCAACCAGUCAACAGUUACUUGCACUUAAGGCAUUUGAGUAAUAUGUGUAAAAAUAAUGAAAAAGUUUGAAGCUGACAAAUCAAAAAUGUAUUACAAAGAGUUGUUGCAUAUUGAUGUUUGUGGGGGCAGAGAAGACAUGUCCUCAUGCUGAACAAUGUAUUUCUCAGGAUUUCAAAUGAACAUCCCGCGCAACCCCCAAUGGUCUCAUUGGAUUUUUCUUUCUGACACAUCUUUUCUUCAACCCCCUCAAAUCCAUGCUUUUGUGAACGCCACAGAAACUUGCUGUGUGAGCAUCUCUCAAAAUUUGGAGAAGAAAAAGGCUUCAAAUCUCUGUGCUUCAUAUGUUGAUGGCCAUUCUUGAUUAAUCCAGUCCGUUGUGAGUCUUUGUCCAGCUUUAAAAUUAAAGUGUUAUCUGCAGCUGUUAUGUUCGUCCCAAAAUUGCAACACAUUUUCCAGUUCAGUAUAUAAAUAUAUAUAUAUUAAAUAUGCUUUUCCUGACGAUGCUUUGUUUCUUAGGAGAAUACAGCUUUGUGCAUUAGUACUUCAAAUCCAGCUACAGCUGAAAGGUAGAUGACCGAUAUAGAGAUUAAUCUGUAAUUAUAACACCAUUUGUGAUUUUCGGUUGGUAUUUUGUAGAUGAGAAUCAUGAGCCCUUUACCUCAUGAAAAUCCGGUCAAGUGAUGAUGCUCCACACUUUUGUGCAUAUAAUCUGACAUGCUUUUCUCUUACAGUAGGGCAGACUGUUAAACCCAGCAUUAGCUGUAUUUUGCCAACUGCUUAUGCACAGUUUGAAAUUAAAACAAACAAGCGUUUGUAUUACAGUUGUACAGUAAAGCAGUCAGAAAAGAGUAUUUGACCUUGAUGACAAUUUUAGUAAUUAAAACAAUUUGAAGUUUGA